AAAAAGAUAUAAAAGGGGCGACAGAUUUUGACAAGCUCAAACUUUACUUGAACAAUUUAUUAAAUAUGGGUUACCACGAAGAAGCUUACGAAUCUUUCCACGUUGAAGCUCCCACUGAAGAACACAAGUCUAACUGGACCCACCAAGCCCUUGCUGCUGCUGCUGGUUUCGCUGCCAUGAGAGCUUUUGAUAAGAAGAAGGAAGAAGGCGGUGAAGAAGACCAACACGCUCUUGCCAAGGAACUCCUCGCUGGUUUGGCUGCUGCUUCCGUUGACCACCUUGUUGAAACCAAGGGUCUUGACUGGGCUGACAAACAAAAGGCCAAGAAGCAAGCUGAAGAAGAAGCUCGCAAGUUGUACUCUGAAAGAACUGGUUACGAAUUCUAAGCAUAACCAUUUUUACAUAUCCCUUUUAUACAUAGCACGAUAAAGUUUAAAAAAAAACGUAAAUACUAAUGUUCUAAUUUAUUACAAAAUAAAUUGUCAUGAAAUCUGUACAUCCAAAA